AUGGAUCAGCACAUUCAGGAGCACGGUACGCGAGGCUAUCCUGAGGAUACCAUUUCAAUAGACCAGAAAGCAUUUAUUCAGAGUUUAUUGAAAUCAUUUGAAAAAUAUUCAGACCAAAGCAACGAAUAUUUCUCGGACACCUUAAGUUUUUUGAGCGAGAACUGAUUUCUCGGUCCAUUGGUUUGCUCUCUUCGAGCGAUUAUGGACCAAGGAUACACUUCGUUCCCCAACUAUGUCCAGUUCCAAAGAGCAAAGGGUCAAACUAGAAAAAUUGUUUUUAAGCAGUUUACACAAAGCUUUAUGUCCAUCGUCUCUGGAAUUAUUUUUAAAUCCAUGGAAGACAGGGUAAAAUUAAGCAGAGACAAAACUUGAACUGGAAAAUAUAAACACCAGCAGACUUCCCAUAAAGGAACGUCUAUCAGCACUUCUUUAGGCCAGGCUCAUCAUCUACAGGAAGUUUCUAAAUCUACAAUAGACAUAGAUGAUCAUUGGAAAAAUAACCCAAAUAAUCAGUUAGACUUGGACCUGAAGGAGAACGAAAAUUUAUUAGGCUGUAACAGCCGGUUAAACUCCCUCUACACUACAGAAGACAAAAUAAGGACAAGUGGAACGCCGCUUAACAAUAACUUUAUGUCCAUGAACACAAUCACACCAAAGAAAACCCAAAACCUCAAACAUUUUGAUAAACAAAAAAUUAAUUUCUCAACAAAGAAAUAUACCAGAGGUGCAUGUGCAAAGAAAAACAAGAACACUAGGAAAACAUCUAUGGCUGAAAUGGCAAAUCCUCGCCAGAAACAUCAAAGGAAUUCCUCUAAAAAGGGAUAUGAACUUAAGAAAGGAACCACCUUUAGGAGAAAGGGGAAUCAGAUGUAUAGAUUCCUUUCACAAGGUUUCAGUGUCCCAACUAUGGCAUUUUUACAGAAGAGCCAAGCAAGUUAUGAACACUCCAAGUCAGACAGGAAAAUCAAGUAUAAUACUCAGAAGUAUUCCUCAAUUGGUCAUGAAUCUACCUCAAAUCCGAGAGAAAGUAUUGGGGAGUACUCUUAUGGCUGAGGAGGAUCCUCCUUUGGCAGGUCGAUAAAGAAGUCCAAAUUUGAUGAAAAUCAAGAGAAGAUAUGCUCCCCUGGCCCAGGUCGAUAUGAGUCAUCCCACAGCAGGGAUAAUUCUGCUACCUAUAGCUUUGGCAAGCAGAAAAAGGAUAUAUCAUUUGCUAGACUGUGUAGUAAGGACAUCCCAUCACCUGGAAAGUACAAGAUCAAGAGAGACUUUCUCAGUAAGCCAUCUAAGAAUAAAUAAAUAAUUUGGC